UCAUGGCGGUAGGAGCGCGGCUGUCCUGGCCCGCGGCUCCGCAGGGUUGCUGCCGUUGCUGCUGUUGAGGCGGUGGCGGCGGCGCAGGCGGGCAGGAAGGAUGGUGUUUCUGCGGCCGGAGCGGCGGGUGCGGACCAGGAGCCGGGCUGAGGUUGGGCCGAAGCAGCGUGUGCUCAGGAGCAGCCGGCGCGGGUGCCGCUGAGGCAGCUGAGGGAGGCAGGACCGACUGACUGGCGGGUCGACUGACGGACGGACUGACGACCCGAGAGCCGGCCCUGGGGCCGCGCCGUGGGCGAGAUGCUGGGGCUGCCGGCGUUGCCGCUGCUGCUGCUGCCUCUGGCCGCCGGCAGCGCCGGGGCCGCGCCACUUCCGCAAACAGGUGCAGGGGAGGCAUCUGCUGCAGAAAUUUCCUUAUCUUUCGUGAUCCUAUCUGUGUGCAGUUUAAUGCUAUUAAUAGUGUUAAUUGCAAACUGCGUAUCCUGCUGUAAGGAACCAGAAAUAGACUUUAAGGAAUUUGAAGAUAACUUUGAUGAUGAGAUAGAUUUCACACCACCAGCAGAAGAUACUCCCUCUCUUCAGUCCCCAGCAGAAGUUUUUACACUUUCAGUACCAAAUAUUUCACUACCAGCUCCAUCCCAAUUCCAGCCUUCUGUAGAAGGUUUGAAGUCUCAAGUUGCACGCCACAGCCUGAACUACAUACAGGAGAUUGGAAGUGGCUGGUUCGGAAAGGUGCUCCUUGGAGAGAUUUACACAGGCACUAGUGUAGCAAGAGUCAUAGUGAAGGAGUUAAAAGCAAGUGCAAGCCCAAAGGAACAAGAUACUUUUUUGAAAAAUGGAGAACCUUACUAUGUUCUUCAGCAUCCAAAUAUUCUUCAGUGUAUUGGACAGUGUGUAGAAGCAAUUCCCUAUCUUCUGGUGUUUGAGUUCUGUGACUUGGGUGAUCUAAAAGCUUACCUGCGCAACGAGCACGAGCACAUGCGAGGGGACUCGCAGACCAUGCUGCUGCAGAGGAUGGCGUGCGAGAUCGCCGCGGGGCUGGCUGCCAUGCACAAGCUGCACUUCCUGCACAGUGACUUAGCCCUGCGGAAUUGUUUUCUUACCUCUGACUUAAAUGUAAAAGUGGGAGAUUAUGGAAUCGGAUUCAGCAGGUACAAGGAGGAUUAUAUUGAAACCGAUGAUAAAAAAGUUUUCCCUCUGCGGUGGACUGCUCCAGAAUUAGUAACCAGCUUUCAGGACAAAUUACUAACUGCAGAUCAAACUAAAUACAGUAAUAUCUGGUCCCUGGGCGUGACACUUUGGGAGCUUUUUGAUAAUGCUGCUCAGCCGUAUUCACACCUUUCCAACAUAGAUGUUCUCAAUCAAGUCAUCAGAGAAAGAGAGACAAAACUCCCUAAGCCCCAGCUGGAGCAGCCAUAUUCGGAUAGAUGGUAUGAAAUUUUGCAGUUCUGUUGGCUGUCACCAGACAAGAGGCCAGCAGCGGAAGAUGUCCACAGACUGCUGACUUACCUGCGGAUGCAAAGCCAGAGGGACUCCGAGGUCGACUUUGAACAGCAGUGGAAUGCACUUAAACCAAAUACGAAUAGCCGGGACACUUCAAAUAAUGCUGCAUUCCCAAUUCUCGACCAUUUUACCAGGGACCGGCUUGGUCGUGAAAUGGAAGAAAUCCUCACAGUGACUGAAACGAGCCAGGGACUCAGCUUCGAGUACGUCUGGGAGGCGGCGAAGCACGAUCAUUUUGACGAGCGCAGCCGGGUCAACCCGGACGAAGCCUUGUCGUACACCAGCAUCUUCUUCCCGGUGGAGGUUUUUGAGAGCUCACUCUCAGACCCCGGGCCUGGCAAGCAAGACGAAAGUGCCCAGGAGGUCCCGCUCGGGGCCCCAGGGGUGGUCCCUGUGUUUGAUGCCCACAACCUUUCUGUGGGAAGUGACUACUAUAUUCAGUUAGAAGAAAAAGGUGGCAGCAACUCAGAGCUUGACUGCCCAAUGGCACUGCUUACAACUGAAAUGGCGGCUCAUCCUGAGAGGAUGAGUGAUGAAGCGUCCCAGUUUGUGACCCUCAGGAAUGUUGAGUUUGAGGAGUCCAGCACAGAGGAGGAUUUCUUCCAAACCAGUACAGACCCAAAGGAUUCUAGCAUACCUGAGGAUCUGCAUGUCACUAGUGGCCCCGAGAGCCCUUUCAACAAUAUAUUUAAUGAUCUUGACAAAUCAGAGGAUCUGCCCGGUCACCAAAAAAUAUUUGACGUAAUGGAACUAAAUGGGGUUCAGGCUGAUUUCAAGCCAGCCACUUUAAGUUCAAGUUUGGAUGAGCCCAGAGAGCCCAUAAUUCCUUGCCAUUUUGAGAAAGAAAAUCCCUGUAAGCUUUUUGACUGUGAGCCUCUUUGCUUAUCAGAAAACCUUAUGCACCAAGAUAAUUUUGAUUCACUGAAUGUUCAAGAAUUGUCAGAAAACUUUUUAUUUCUUAAAGAGAAAAACUUACUAAAAGACUCAUUGUCUAGCAAAGAACAUAUAAAUGAUCUUCAAACAGAGCUUAAAAAUGCUGGUUUUACAGAAACCAUAUUAGAAACUUCAUGCAGAAACUCCUUAGAUACUGAGCUUAUGUUUGCUGAAAUUCAACCAGGCUUUCCUCUGUUACAGGAAAAUGUCAAGGCAAAGGGUAGAGAUCUGGGAGUCGAGCUUACAGGCAACAGUUUGGACGUCUCAUUGCCAUCUCCUCCGGAAGUGCAGGUACCCUCUACCUCACUUGAAACAGAAGAGACACCCAACAGUGUACCUCCAGAUGUGUUCCUGAGGCAGGGAGAAACCAAGCCCACGUGCUUAAAUGUCAGUGUCCAUGAAGAUUGUCUCUGCCAAGAAGUAAAUCCAGACUCUCUGACUGUCCCUGUUGAAAUUCUUUCGACUGAUGCCAGAACACAGAGCGUUAGUGAUGGGCCCCAGGACUUGACUCACCAAAGUGAGGAGGCCUUGAGACUGACCAAAAAUGACUCGGUAGGUCUUGAUGAUACCUUUGCGAGUAGCGUAGGCAUAGGGAGUAGUCUCCCAGAAUUGAGACAGAACUUAAAAAACCAACCACUUCCGGAAGACCACCAUAGCGGUAGUUUGCUAGAGAAGAAUUUGGAAGUCGUGGAGACUUUAAAUGAGCUGAAUUACAAAGAUGUUCCAAAAGAAGUGGGCUUGGUGUCCGCCCUGUCCUCGGACUCGACUAGCCAGGACAGCCUUUUAGAAGACAGUUUAUCCACACCCAUACCGAUGUCAGAACAGUCUGUGGAAACCCCGGACUCCUUGGAUUCCAUGGAUGUGCGUGAGGUUUUAGACUCUCUGGGCUCUCACGCACCUCAGAAACUCCUGCCCCCUGAUAAGCCUGCAGACAGCGGCUAUGAAACCGAAAAUCUGGAGUCUCCUGAGUGGACUUUGCACCCUGCUCCUGACAGUGCCUCAGACACAGACACCGCUGCAGCGGGCGAUGGCGAUCAUAGAGGUUUGCCUCCCAACCCCGUCAUCGUCAUCUCUGAUGCAGCUGAUGGCCACCGAGGUGCAGAGAUGACCACCACACAAACCCUGGUGACCACACAAACCCCGGCGCCCAGCUCUCAGAGUUCAUAUCGCGACUCGGCCUACUUCUCAGAUAACGAGUCCGAGCCUGAGAAGAAGUCCGAGGAGGUCCCUGGAACAUCAUUGCCAGCCUCAAUGUCCCUUCCUGAGCCCGUCCCCUCAGAGCACAGUGUUGGUGCCAAGGACAGUUGCCUGGAAACCAACAAGAGCCAGCCCGAUCCCAGCUGCCUGCUGGCUUUGCAGAAUUCCAGUUCCCUGGAAUUGAGAGGUCUGUUGGAGCCAGUGCAGACUCAUGUUUCCAGUCAGAUGCCUCCCCCUGAAGAUGAGGCUGGCAGCCCCUUGAGUUUAUUGAAUUCAGAACUUUGCAGCAGUGACGACUUUGAGACACAGGAAGACCACCCCUGCACCCUCACUUCCACCGGAACCAACACGAACGAACUCCUUGCGUACACAAGUUCCACCCUUCUCUCUGGCGGCCCAGCAGACCGGGCGAUAGACAAGUCCUUGUCUGGCCACUCUGAGGGCCCCAAGCUGAAGGAGCCAGAUAUCGAAGGGAAGUACUUGGGGAAGCUCGGGGUUUCAGGAAUGCUCGACCUUUCCGAGGACGGCGUUGAUGCCGAUGAGGAAGACGGGGAUAGCGAUGACUCCGAUGACGACCUGAGGGCGUUCAGCCUCCACAGUCUCAGCUCCGAGUCAGAGGGUGAGGUGGAGCACCCCGUGCCUGUGAUCCUCAGCAACAGCGAGGACGGCAGACGCCUGCGGAGCUUGCUGAAACCGUCGGCUCCUGUCUCCAUGGACCAGCUACCCGAUGCCUGGAGAAAGGAGAAGAAGGCAGUGACGUUCUUCGACGAUGUUACUGUCUAUCUGUUUGAUCAGGAGACCCCAACCAAGGAGCUGGGGCCCGGUGGAGGAGCAGCGCACAGCCCCGAGUUGAGCAGCCCGGCACCUUCCGCAGGCUCUCCCUACCUGAGCAGGUGCAUCAACUCAGAAAGUUCAACCGAUGAAGAAGGCGGAGGCUUCGAAUGGGAUGAUGACUUCUCCCUGGACCCUUUUAUGUCCAAGACAGCGAGUAACCUUCUUGGUUCCAGGCCUUCUCUGCAGACGUCCAAGUACUUCUCUCCUCCACCACCGCCCCGGAGCCUGGAGCAGAGCUGGCCCCACACGGCGCCGUAUUCCAGGUUCUCCAUCUCCCCUGCCAGCAUUGCAAGCUUUUCCCUCACUCACCUCACAGACUCGGACAUGGAGCAAGGAGGAAGCAGCGAAGAUGGAGAGAAGGAUUAAGUGGGUGCCGACACCCUCCUCGGGCCGAGGCUGUGCCCCAGAGCUGUGUCCCUGCGCUGCCAGCCCGAGCACGGACGUCCACUCCACUUGUGCUGAGACGAGGCUUUGAGAAAGAACCAGGCGGUGGAAAGAGAGGCAGCGGCAGGGUGGGGACUGCAGGCCCAGGAGGAGCAGCAAGGAGCAGGGAGCCCAGGCAACGUGCUGGCGCCCGGGGCCAUACCUGCAGUGGCUGCUACACAGGAGCGCUCCGUCACCACCUGUGCCGCCAUCUCGAGCGGCUCUGUGUGCACAGAACUGAGCGUGGCAGGUUGUGUCCUCUCCCGUGUCAUGUGUCCUGUUUGCAUCUGCACCUGUGCCAUGCACGCAGGUGCUCCUUGCGCCACUGAGGAUGCAUGCGUGGGAGCGGUCGUCAUGAGCCAUAUUUAUUACUUUUGAAGAAAUCACUGAUUGCUGUCAUUGCACUGUGGGCAACUGUUCUACGAGUCCCCGAUACUGUACAGAACCUUAAAUUAUUCAAGGAAAAUAAGGCGGGUCAAGCUGGUGCCACCCACCAGUUUGAUUUUUUUCUGUUCUGUCGUCUGUUUGCUCUGCAUGGUACUUAUAAAGCUUAAUAUUCUGAGUGUUACGCUGUCGUUACAAUCGCUGAGACUGCACACGUGGUACUCUUUCAUAAACGGUAAAUGAUUCCAAACGUUACCGUUUUAUGUUCUUGUAGGAAAUAUUUUUGAUGAGUCAGAAAACACUACUCUGUUGUGUUGAUUGAAUCAAACACAUUUCUGUGUACAAGAUGGUCCCCUGCAGCAAACGAGGCCUCUCCGUGUGCUUCUACACCUCACCCCACAUUUCUAAAAGCCUGUUGGUUAAAAAGGACAGGUAGUGCACCCAGAACUCUGCUCUCCUGGGGAGCCAAGCGGGGUUCCUCUCACUGCAUCAUCGGGCGGGUAGGUGAGCCGAGUGGCAGACAGAGUGCGGCCUCCUCCCCUCAGAGCUUGAGUCUUCUGCUUGUUUUUCCAAGGCCAGAUUCCUGUUUCUCGUCAGCGUUCUUGUGAACGUUCUUGUAAUGCUUGCGACUCUUCCUUUAAAAAGGUGGAGAACUCCAAGAGGAAGCUUCUCCUGAGUUCUCGGGCUGCUGAGGAUGUGUGAAUUCAUUCUAUUUGUACCCUUCAGAUGUUGUUGACUUGAACUUUUAAAUAAUCCCCAAGCUGACUUUCUCCCUUGUAAUAACUCCAAGUACAUCCAGGUGAGGCCAGUCUUGUCUUAAUCUGGGAGAGACACCACAUCCUGCAAGGGAUAAGGACAUAGCCUUCACAGCAGCACAUCCCCCAGCUGGGACAAGCAGGUGUCUGCAGCUCUGGGGUGCCCCCCACUGCUGACUCACCCACCUCGACCCUGGCCUUCUGCAUUAAGCGCCAAGUUUUCCCUUUGGUAUGAAAGGGGCCAGAGCGUUCCCAGUGCAGCUUCGUGAUGUUGGCAGGAGUCAGGUGUUGGUAAUGAAGAGCUAGCUAGCUGCUUCACGGGAGGCACUUCCCAUGGCAGGCAGUGUACCAUGGGUUCUCGGGUCUGUGCGCCGCACGCUGGCCCCUCACCUGAGGGGGUCCUGCUGCCCCAGCUCCUCCCUGAACCCUGGCUCACCACAUAAGGGGAGCCUGGGAACUUGUUCCCAAUGCAGAGAUUUAUUUUGGCCCACGUUUGUGUGGUAAAGCGUGACCUUUAUGACCAACUCUGGCUUGCUCCACUGAUCCUUUACACUCACAGUGAAGUCCCAGAGCAAGAAGUCACAGAGCAGAUGAGGCCCCUUUCAACCUCCGCCUGGUGUGGACACGGAAUUGCAGGAGUUACAGAGACAGUGGGACCUGGUGGUGUGCGGACCAGAAAGAAACAGUCAACAGGACACCAGAGGACAACUUUGCCAAACUUGUCUUAACUCCCAGCUUCUUACUGGAGACUCUUCUUGAGCUUCCUGGAUUUUACAUCUUAACUACCUGCGGUCUUGGUUGGGACAGAAAUGAGAGGCGACUGAUUACACUAGUGUUUUGUGUUUUUUUUUUUUAAUUAUAGAUUUAAGGGUUUCAUGAUUAAAAU